AUGGCGGAAUACGAAAACCUCCCCGACUUCGACUCCCUCCCCGCGUCGAGGACAUGCCCCAAGGUCGUCAAGGACGCCCUCGACGAAGCCCGCGACGGCGUGUCCAUCUCCCUCAACUGGGACAUGGCCGCCGCGCACGGCUUCGACGACGAAAUCACCUUUAACCCCCAGUCCGCCUCGCAGUGGGACAGCCUCGUGCACGUCGCCCACCAGCCUACCGGCCUCUCCUACAACGGCUGCAAGCCCACCAAGCAGGCCCUCCUCGACGGGGAUGACGCAUGCCUCCCGUCUCUGAACCACUGGCACGCACGGGGCGGACUUGUGGCCCGCGGCGUCCUCCUCGACUACCGCGCGUACGCCCACACCAAGGGCAUCGCGUACGAUUGCUUCUCCAACCACGGAAUCUCGGUCCAGGAUCUCGAGGCCGUGGCCGCGUUCCAGGGCACCACCUUUAAGCAAGGGGACGUGGUCAUCAUUCGCACGGGUUUCACUGAGGAUCUUGGUGCCGCAGACGCGGAUGAGCAGGUGCGCAUGAUGAAUACUCACCAGGCCGUUGGUGUCAAGGGGAACAGGGAAUCAGCCAAGUGGUUCUGGAAUCACCACUUUGCCGCCGUAGCUGGCGAUACAAUUGCGUUUGAGGUUAUGCCUCCCCUGCUUGAGGAUGAAGGAGAUAAACCCGGCGAGACGCGAGAUCUAGUCCUCCACCAGUACUUCCUUUCCUUGUUCGGCCUGCCCAUCGGCGAGCUCUGGGAUCUCAAAGCCCUAGCAGAGCACUGCCAAAAGAUUGGCCGCUAUUCUUUCUUGCUAACCAGCGCCCCGUUGAACCUCCCAGCCUCCGUCGGCAGCCCGCCAAAUGCCUUGGCCAUAUUUUAG